AAGUGGGCCCAGGGUGAGGGCUGGCAUUGAGUGACCUGUGCCCCUGAGCCUCCCCUCUGUGCUGAGGAGUGUGGAAGUGGGAAGUAGCAUUGCGAGCUUUACUUUGUCCUUCGAGUGUAUUCAGUUUCCUGCUGUGGAAGGAUUUGCUUUCUGCAAACCUUGUUUGUGAAUUCAGUGCUGAGCAAUUGCAAAUUGUGAAUUCUUUUGGAAGAUUUCAGGUGCAUUAACUGUGUUACGUCUCUGCUGUGACUGGGGUCUGCUUGGUCCAGUCCAGCAGUCCCACUGAAGUGGGAACAUCCUGGCAUGCCAGUAAUGUUUCAGUUACUGAUUCGUGGAACUCCAACAUAUGUUGACAUACAUUGUCUUGUUAUACAGCAUUAAAUCAAAAUGUCAUCAUCAUCACGGGCAUCCUUGUCUUUACCUGUACAUGACUGUUCUGCUCCUUCCUUGGACUUUGAUCUUCAGGAAAAGUUUAUUCUUCACACUGUUGAGGGAAAAACACGUGUGCCACCGGGAGAAACAGGAAAACUGUGUUCACUGAUUCAGCCAGAUAAAAAGGAUUGUCACAGAACUACACAAGCCAUCCAAGAUGGGAAGUGUUUUACUGAUCUGAGCAAAGAAUCUGACAGUCUAGAACACCAAGUAAGAAAACAUUUAAACAGUAAAAAUAUUGACACUUUGAUGCAGGAGCUAAGUGAAAGUGAAAUUCAGAAUACUAAUCUCAGGAAAAAAAUACUUGAAAGGGAGAAACAGAUUAAAGAACUUUCAUCCAUGCUCCAGUGUGAAAAAAUCAAGAUACAGAGACAGGACCACCUGUCAAAAUCAGUAAAGGAAGUACAAGCUCACCUGCAGCGUCAGAUUGAAAGGAAAGAAGCAGAAAAUUAUGAAUUAAAAGUGAAAAUGCAGACUCUAAAAAAUAAAAUAGCAGAGUGGAAACAUCAAAUUGGUGAAUACAAGUGCCAGAAGUUAGCCUUAAAGGAAACAAGUGAGCAAAAGAAGAUAGCUCUGGAAAAAGCAAUAAGAUCCCAGAAACAAAGAGCUCAACUCUUAGAAGAAACUGUGAAAGAUGUAACCUCUAAAAUAAAAGAACAUGAAGUCAGACUGGGUGAGAUACUGUCAGCUUCUGAUGUCUGGAAAAACCAGCAUGAUAGAAUAGUUGAAGAAAAGACAAUGUUAGAAGUUCAAAUAGAAGGUCUUGAGAAUCAGAUCCAAGGCCUGAUGGAAGAUGUAGAAAGAAGGGAGAAAUGGAGAAGAAACUCAGAAGAGGAAAUUCUUGGACAGCUAAAUUCUGUUAACUCUGAAAAUGAAAAUAUUUACCUUGAAAACAAAAAAUUAAAGGCUUCCCUUGCUACAUUGGAGAAAAGUACAGUAUCUGUUGAAUAUGAGUUGCUUCAUCUGCAAGAAAAAGCAAAGCUACAGGAAAACCUUGUAGAACACAGUAAAAAUGAGGUACAAAAAAGACAAAUUGCUGUGGAAGAAUUGAAAUCCAGAUAUGAAACAGUCUUAAAUGAAAACACAAAAAUAACAGAAAACAAAUGCUUAGAAGCAGAUAAGGUGAGGCACAAAAUGGAGGCUGAGUUAAAGGAGUUAGAACAUGUUUGUGACUUGCUGAAAGCAACUGAGGAAAACCAGCAAAAACUUCUGGCCUGGGAAAGGAUCUGUGCACAGAAAUGCAAAACCCUCAGGGAGCUGGAGCUUCAGCCUGAAAAUGAAUUUUCCUGGACUUUUUUUUUCUCUGACAUCAAUUUCUAUGGCAGGGAUAACCACAGUGUAACUUCUAUGGGCAGUCUUUGCUUAGAAGAAGAGAUCUGUAACAUUCAGAAGAAAUAUGGAGAUCUUCAAAGGCAAUUAGGACAGGUGGAAUAUCAGAAUAAAGAACUUGCUUACCAGCUCAGGAAAGAAGAUGAGAGUCUUCAGAGCAGUAAAUUGCAGCUUGAAGAGAAAAUUGCAGAAUAUAAUGCAUUGACCAGACAACUUGAAUCUGCUUUGGAAGAAGGGAGAAAAAGGGUAGCUGAAGAAUGGGAAAAAAUGUCAUACAGAGAACAGGCCUUUCAGACAAAACUGAUGCUUCUUGAAGCUGAAGUGAGAAAGAGGCAAGAAGAAAAAAAGCAACUCCUCUGCUUAUUUCACCAUAAUGAAAAGCAUCAUGAAGUACAUCUGAAAGAGCUGGAGAACCGCCUACAGAAGUCAGUGAUCAAGAACCAGAGCAUCCAGAAUUAUGUGCAGUUUUUGAAAGAUGCAUAUGUUACAAUGUUUGGCUGAAUUCUUUAAUCUAUUUUAUAGUAGAGAAACUUGUCAGGAUUGGGCUCCCAGUCUUGUUGAAGACAAAGCCAUUGAGGCCUUACAUUAUUUUGACAGAUUAAAUUUUUUGAUGUUAAUUCUUCCCUGGGAAGACAUCUGUUGUGGGCAGGAGCAGCAGGUGAGGCGUUGCUGUGUGCCAGGGGCUGGGCACACGUGGGGAAUGGGGCUGGUGUUGCUGCAGAACCCUUUGUGCUCCCCAGGGCACAGCAGGGCCAGGCUGAGUGCACGGCUGCAGCAGCAGGUGUGUGUGUGUGGGGUGUGCACACAAUGUCUGUCAAUGUCCUGGCCUGUAAAAUCUUACCUGAGUCCUUUUAGUCCAUGGUAAAUGCAAAUGACCACAGAUUAGCUUUCAAUUCAAUGAUAUCUUACCUAUUAAAACAGACAAAAAUUGAGAUCAUUAGGUUCCUUCUCUUUUUUCCCCUGCAGUUUAGUCCCAGUAUAGUCCUACACUACAUGGAAGAGUUGCCACCACAAGGCUGUCCCAUCCAGCCACUUUUCUCUACAUCUCAUCAUUAUGCUCAGGAAUAUACUAUAGUAGCAUUUUAUAAAUAUAAGUAGGAAAAAUUUUUAGAUACAGGUAUAGUUUAAGCUCUGGAUGUGCUGAUAUACCCUGGUGACACAGCUCCAGUGAGAUAUUUAAGUAUUUGUCUGAAUUCAAGAGCUGCUGUUCAAUAAGACUGACCUGUGCCUCAAGUAAAACACAUGUAAAUAUUCAGCUGAUACAGGAUUAAUAUAAGAAACAAUUCUUGAUCUAAUUUCAGUUCUAAAUUCUAAUUAGUUUUGUAGACAUAUGCUAUGAUUUGUUUUUCAAAAAUAGUACCUUCAGUUAAAUAUAUGUGAUUUACAAUGUGUACUUAAAUAAUAUAUGUUUUUUGACCAAAACCUUAAGUUUGUUUAUGCAUAGGCAAUACCUAUUCUAUUUCAUUGUUAGUUGUUACUAAUGUG